CGUAAAUCAAUCCGCUUCCCAUUGUGGAAACACUGAUUAUCGUGAUAAAUGUUUGAAUAAUCUUAAUCAGACUGGCCAUAUGCUUCAUUUAGAUCAACACUCUUACAAACAAACGGUGUUAGCAGUACCAGGGGAAGAGGGUGUACCAGAAACAGACCGUUUGAAUAGGGAUCUCGCUAUUUUGAACGUAAACCAAUCAGCUUUAUUUCUCCAUACACAUCACCGGCUCAGAAACAGAUGUGGAUACUCCCCAGACACAUGGUUAUACGAUGAAUAUGAACAUGAUUACAGGCCAGCAAGACUCCGUCCAAAUGAAAAGACGAUACAUGCAUGGAAAGCGUCAGUCAAGACGUAUAUCAGAGGAAUGCCAGAGGCUCACAUAUGUCACCCUUCGGAGCCAGCAAUUAUUACGAAUAUUUGAUGGCAGCCAUGGUCCAGUGGCUCGGAGAUUCUUUGUCCACUGCGCGACAGAAUGUCUGCAAGAAAUUGACGAGAAAGAGCCUUGGCGAUGGAUACCAACAAAACAGCAAACAUGUGAAUAUCGGAACCGUUCUCAAUUGUCUCCUUUUGGACCAGAAAUUGCUUACAAAAAGCACAAAUUGAUGUUUGAAAAAUCAAAGGGAAAAUACGUAAUCAUUGCCGAACAUGAACGGAGAAAUUCUACAAAAGAGAAAUUCUUGAAACAUGCUCGCAAAAAGAGAAAAAACAAACAGCGAGAUGUAUCCCAAAUCCCCAAAAGCAGCGAAAAGACUGAAAUGUUCAGGCCAAACGAUGAAGUAAAUGAAACUAUGGAUGUUCUACGUGGAAACCAAACCACCAUCAAGACUGACGUGAAAGAAAAUGGAGUUUACCGGUCACAUUCCCGAAGAUAUGAGAGUAAAUGCCGCAUCACUUCGCCGGGAAAGUGUGUAACAACAGAAAGAACACCUUCUACAUGUGGAGUUAAAAACAAUGAUCACGGCAUCAAUGUUGUUAUACCUUCCUCUGAAAAAGAAAGUCCAGAGGGAAUGCUGAAAAGGCAAAAACAACAGCAAACAUCAGCAGGAACAGAUGAGAAACUCACCAAAGAUAUUGAAGUAGCGUUGGACGACCAACAUGGUAUCGGGCAGGCAAGCAGUGCAAUGAGUUGCGGGUACGCUGUAAAUCCGGAUAAACCACGCGAAAAUACGGUAGCUGGAGGAAGAAGCAUAACAUACCCUAAACAAGAUGAUGUGGAGGAAAGUACAUCAUGUUCCAACCGAAAACAACAGUCUCAAAGCACUAGCACUAAAAAGACAUUUAAAGGUAGCGGUCAAGGUACAACUACCAAUAUAGGAAUAUCAACGAAGGAACAAACAUGUAAUCGACGCAGAUCGAUAACAUGUGUGCGAGAAUGUGAAAGAGAGAAGUCCAUCAAUACACAGUCAUCGGCUUCUAAUGAGGAAAUGAGGGAUACCUACAAUUGUAUUAAUUUUGAAGAUGAUUCCUACACAAAUAAAAAAGACAUCUCUCAUGAGAUAUUGUCGUCUUUGUCUAGGAGUCAACGACGCCGUGAUGGUGACAAAAAAUACACAUCUUCUGAUAAUGACGCAGAUUUAAGCUCGAGCGAUUGCAACGAAGUGCCGAGAAGAAAAUCUAAAGUACGUUACAAGAAAAAGAGGAAUGUUAGCGCCCAAAGAAAGGAAACAACUGAUGGUGCAGGAACAGGCUUUGAUAACCCUGGCGUCCGCAAAUGUUACCUUAGUAGGGAAUCAAAACAGAUUCUCGCAACUCUACAACAGCAUGACACGUCAAACAACGUGCCAUAUGAUGAAGGAUCUUUCUCAGAGAAAGACAGCUGUGAGUUUACAAGUGUAUGUAAUGAGACAAUGACAUCAUUAAAUGUGAACACGAGCCAGGUAUCCGUUGGCUGCAUUAAGGAUCAAUCAAAUGAAACCGUUGUUUGGGAAUUUAGCGAAACAGAUAUGAGGCAAUCAGAUUGUAAAGAAGAAAUUGACGAAGACAGUGAUACAGACUACACAGAUUUCUGUCCGUCAUGUACUUCUCUUCGUUUUCAGAGGAAAAGUGACAGUAAAGACAUUGUCAACAAGGAAGACAUUGAUUUUUCAGAAGAAGAAAUGCUCGAAAGUAAUGAUUCAUAUUGGACUAAGGAUUUCAGCUAUGAUACUGAUGAAUCCAGCCCUGAUUCUCUCCUUGGUGAUGAAGGUUACCUUAUGGUCAAUAUGUCUGAUACUUUUCACAGUGAGAGUGUUACUUCAAGCAGCUCUGAAAGCUUCACCAACCAAUACAUGGUCCGCUCAAGUCUUUCGGAAAAUACACUCGGAUCAAGGUCUUUCUGCUCUUCGGAAUACUCUUCAGUUCACAAAGACGAUUGUACAACUACGAAGAGCCCACCGUUGUGUUACAAAAGCACCGGGUUUUACUUUUAUCAGAAGUCUGACACGUCUUUACACUCACAACCGAGUAAAAGUACAUCGCUUGUGGACAAUUCGUCAACCUAUGGCAUCCUUGAUUCGAAUAGGAUUGUUAGUGGCGGCAACAGUAAUGGAGAAACAGGCCAAAGCAAUAUCGAGCAUUCACGUAUUGAAAAUAAAAGCAAUAAUGAUCCAAGUCAAGAUCCCAUUCAAUCUUCAUCGAUGGAAGUAAACUAUAGAACGUCAGGGCAAUCGUCAAUUAACAAUAAGAACGUUGUCACUGCUCAGCUCAACGGUACGCCGAGAAGUUUUGAUCCAACGGAUGUAUCACAUGGGUCGUUUGCAGAGAUACAGGAACAGGGUGAAAGCAGUUCAAAUAAUGAAGAACGGCCCGUCAACUUAAGGGAGCACCAUUUCCGUCGACAUCAUGAUGUUGGUGACCGGACCACGUCCGUUGACGAUGUCAGACGUCAUCGAGAAUCGAGACGCCAGAGGGGGAUUCUCCAGUACCAAUGGAAUGGAAUAUAUGCGCUUUCUCAAAUGUAUGAAAAUCGCGUAGGACAUCGAAUACGCCGGUACAGGAUAUGGCUUCGUGCGUGGUUAGAUCGACGUCGACAGUGGUUGCAAAGAAAUAAUUAAUAAUAUCACUUGUUAUGUUGUGUCUGUAACAGUUAAUUUCCCUUGCUUAUACCAUAAAUGUUUUCUAUUUUAAUACACUGAAUAAAACACACAUA